AUGUCCGAAUACUGGAAAUCGACGCCAAAGUACUGGUGCAAGCACUGCAGCAUCUUCGUCCGCGACACCAAGCUCGAGCGCCAGAACCACGAGGCGACCGGCAAACACCAAGGCGCGCUCAAGCGCUUCCUGCGAGACCUCCACCGCGGCCAUGAGCAGGAAGAGCGCGACAAGGACCGCGCGCGCCGCGAGGUCGAGCGCGUGAAGGGCGUCGCGGCGGGCUCCUCGUCGUCGACAUCCUUUUCGAAGCCCGGUUCGAGCGCGCCCGCGCCUGCGUCGUCUUCAGAGUCGUCGAGGAAGCAGCAGAUGGAACAGCUCGCGGAGAUGGGCGUGUCUAUACCUACCGCGUUCAGAGGGGAUAUGGCGAUGCCCGGCGAGUGGACGGUCACAACUACGAAAGUCGUCGAUGACGAUGCGACGAAGGAGAAGCCCGUCGAAGCGAAGGCGAUCGGCGUGCGGAAGAAGCGCGAGCAAACAGAAGAAGAGAAGGAGGAGGAAGACGCUGUGCGCGGGCUGUUCAAGAAGCCCAGGAAAUGGGGCGGUAUGAAGACGAUGCCCGAGGACGAUAAGGAGCUGGAUGCGUUGCUCAGCGGCGAUACCCUCUUCCGACCCAAGAAGGAAGAAUCCGCUGAGCCCCCGACGAAGACGGAGGACGACGUUAAGAGGGAAGAGGGCGCGGACGAGGCUGCGCCUGAAGCGAAGUUAGGCGCGCCUGCGAUCAAGGCUGAAGACGACGAAGCCGGUGUCAAACUUGACGUGCCGGAGGUCGGCUCCGACGCCGACGCCGUCAAAAAGGAGGACGGGGUGGAGGCCACGGAAACCGCGGCUCCGGCAGUCGUCUUCAAGAAGCGCAAGCCCAAGAACAUUCGGCAAAAGUGA